AUCAGAUCGGGUUUGGUCAAGAAUGAUUCUUUUUUAGCGGAUUAUUUAAAUUCAGUCGAUAAAACAUUUGUUCAAAACUCAAUAUUUUCAGGCCACAACUAUAAAUUCACCUCAAAUGUCUUCUUCCUUCAAAAAAAAAACUCCAUGGCGCUUUCAGGCAUUGCUAUAACGCAGCAACCCCUGUGGCCAAAAGCAGUGGGAAAUUACCGUUGUCACCUUUCGCCAUUCCCAGCCGUGAAACUGCACAGCGUGGAGAAAAUGCGACUUUUUCCACAGGGAUUCACAGGAAAGGGGACAAAGAAGAACAAACCUUUGAACUUAGUGGUUAAAUCGGACAUUGGUCGUUCUUAUACUGGCAGCACCGGUUCAGAUUAUGAAUCACAGAAGAUUAUCACGGAGUUCUACUCCAGCAUCAACAAAAAGGACAUGAAGAGCCUUGAAACACUCUUGUCUAAAGAUUGUUUCAUUGAUGACUUAUCCUUCCCUAUGCCAUUCCAAGGGAAGAAGGAAGCUUUGGGUUUUCUUGAGGAGUUGAUCACAUCUAUGGGUCAGAACACAGAGUUCAUCAUAGAACAUGUUUGUGGAGGUGUUGACCAAGCAGUUGCUGUCAAGUGGCAUUUAGAAUGGAAGAAGAUGCAGAUUCCUUUUACUAGAGGUUGCAGCUACUAUGAACUCUCAAGAGAAGGAGAAAAACUAGUCAUCAAGAAAGCUCAAGUUAUGAUUGAGUCACCGUUUAAACCAGGAGGUCUCGCACUGGCCAUGUUGAAGGGCACAAAUGUGGUUUUUGAUGCAUUCCCAGGAGCCACUGAGAGGUUCCUAAAUAGCCCCUCCGCCAUGUUUGAAAUGUUACUACACAUAUACAAGAUUGUUUUAAGUCCUAUGAUACGUCCGUUCAUCUCAUGGUACGUCAAGCUGAUGAGACUCACUGCUGCCUUUCUAAGCCUCGCGUUCAAAUUAGUGCAACUAGUGAUGAAGAAUUUCAACAAGUAGUGGAAGAAAUCAACAACUUUUGGAGUUCUCUCCAUCUCUUAUUUUACUAAUCAUAUAUGACACAAAACAGUCUAUGUUUCAUUCAAGAUGCAUGAAACAAAAGGUCACCUCUCAUGAUCGGUCAUCGUUUCCGUCCCUUGGUUGCAACAAUGAAAGAACAACCAGAGGUCCCAUGAAAGGUGGAAUUGGUGGCGGACUGCUAAAGGCAGCGACGGGAUCAUGAUUUUCUUUCCCAA